AUGGAGGAACUGGUGGGGCUGCGUGAGGGCUCCUCAGGAAAGCCAGUGACUCUGCCAGAGCUGUGGGGCCCAUGUCCACGUGUCCGGCGAGGCAUCCGAGGGGGCCUGGAGUGGCUGAAACAGCGGCUGUUCUGCGUGGGUGAGGACUGGUACUUCCUGAUGGCCCUCGGGGUACUCAUGGCUUUGAUUAGCUACACCAUGAACUUUGCCAUUGGACGUGUGGUCAGAGCACACAAGUGGCUAUAUAAGGAGGUUGGGGAUGGCCACCUGCUCCGGUAUCUCUCCUGGACCGUGUACCCUGUGGCCCUCCUGUCCUUCUCCUCUGGUUUCUCACAGAGCAUCACACCCUUCUCUGGAGGGUCUGGACUCCCAGAGCUAAAGACCAUGUUGUCUGGUGUGAUCUUGGAGGACUACCUGGACAUUAAGAAUUUUGGAGCCAAGGUGGUGGGCCUCUCCUGCACCCUGGCAACGGGCAGCACCAUCUUCCUAGGCAAAGUGGGCCCCUUCGUACAUCUGAGUGUGAUGAUUUCUGCCUACCUGGGCCAUGUGCGCACCAAGACCAUGGGAGAAUCUAACAGCAAGGCCAAGGAACUCGAGAUGCUUACAGCUGCGGCAGCAGUGGGCGUGGCCACAGUCUUUGCAGCCCCCUUCAGUGGCGUCCUGUUCAGCAUCGAGGUCAUGUCAUCCCACUUCUCUGUCUGGAAUUAUUGGAGAGGCUUCUUCGCGGCCACCUGCGGGGCCUUCAUGUUCCGUCUCCUGUCAGUCUUCAACAGUGAGCAGGAAACCAUCACCUCCAUCUACAAGACCAGUUUUCGGGUGGAUGUGCCCUUUGACUUGCCCGAGAUCUUCUUUUUUGUGGCCUUGGGGGCCAUCUGUGGUGUCCUGAGUUGUGUUUACCUGUUCUGCCAGCGGACUUUUGUCCGCUUUAUUAAGACCAAUCGAUAUACCUCCAAACUGCUGGCCACCAGCAAGCCCUUGUAUUCGGCUCUGGCUGCUCUGGUCCUGGCCUCUAUCACUUACCCACCUGGUGUGGGCCGCUUCAUGGCUUCCCGGCUGUCCAUGAAGGAGCAUUUGGACACCCUGUUUGACAACAACUCAUGGGCACUGAUGACCCGGAACUCAUCCCCACCCUGGCCCAUGGAGCCUGACCCUCAGAAUCUCUGGUUUGAAUGGUAUCACCCACGGUUCACCAUCUUUGGGACACUGGCCUUCUUCCUGGUCAUGAAGUUUUGGAUGCUAAUUCUGGCCACCACCAUCCCCAUGCCUGCUGGGUACUUUAUGCCCAUUUUCAUCAUUGGAGCUGCCAUCGGGCGCCUUUUGGGAGAAGCCCUCUCUGUUGCCUUCCCUGAGGGCAUCGUGGUUGGAGGCAAGGUCAAUCCCAUCAUGCCUGGGGGCUAUGCUCUGGCAGGGGCUGCGGCCUUCUCAGGGGCAGUGACCCACUCCAUCUCCACGGCACUGCUGGCCUUCGAGUUGACCGGCCAGAUCGUUCACGCACUGCCCGUGCUAAUGGCAGUGCUGGCGGCCAAUGCUGUCUCUCAGAACUGUCAGCCCUCCUUCUACGAUGGUACCAUCAUGGCCAAAAAACUUCCGUACCUGCCAUGGAUUCGUGGCCGCAAGCUUGGCUCCUACCCUGUGAUAGUGGAACACUUUAUGAACCGCACCAUUACCACACUGGCCAAGGACAUGCCACUGGAGGAGGUGGCCAAGGUCGUGACCUCCACGGAUGUCAUUCAGUACCCCCUAGUGGAGAGCACAGAGUCUCAGACCCUGGUGGGCACUGUAGAAAAGACCCACCUGGUACAGGCCCUCCAGACUGUGACUCCAGGCCAACAGUCUUGUCUCCAGGAUAUCUUGACUGAUGGCUGCCCCACACAACCAGUGACCUUGCAGCUGUCCCCAGAGACCUCCCUGUAUCAGACACACAACCUUUUUGAGCUGCUGACCCUUCAGUCGCUGUUUGUGACAUCUCGAGGCAGAGCUGUGGGCUCUGUGUCUUGGGUGGAGUUGAAGAAAGCAAUUUCGACCCUGAUCAAUCCACCUGCCCCCAAGUGAGUUGGAACAGGAAUUCAGCUGUCUGGUUCCCGAGGCUGGGCACAGAGGCCCACCUCUCUUCCUAUCCUACCCAGUCCCUCCAGCCUAGCUCAGCAACUUGGCACAGCAGGCAGCUCUACCUAACCCUGAAGAGAGCCCCACAUUCAUUAUGUCCCACCCUGAAGGCACAAUAACUCUUGCCUAGAAGGAGAGCUCCCAUCCUGAAUGGAGCUGAGGUUGUGAAUGAGAACACUGGAGGAUACUGUCACCAGGGCGGAUGUGGCUUCCGGGGUGUCUAUUUCCAACCAGAAGCUCCUAAGAAAAAUAAAGCUGAUACCCAGA